AUGUCUGCCAAACACCCAAUCCACAUUCAUCCGGCGCGGCCGUUUUACAGAUUUACUGCAACCGCAUUAGGUGCCAGCAUGUGGUUCUUUCUGAUGUACCGGGCAAAGAAAGACGGUCCGGCGUUGCUUGGAUGGAAACACCCAUGGGACCACUGA